CCGACUAGCCAAGAAUCAGAAACAGUGGACAGUGGCACUCUUCGAUAUAGCAAAGGAGAAACAGUGGACAGUGGCACUCUCCGAUAUAGCCCCAAAGGAGAAAUAGUGGACAGUGGCACUCUCCGACAUACCCGGCUGGGCCAAGAAUCAGAAACAUGGACAGUGGCACUCUCCGACAUACCCGGCUUUCCAGACCUCAAGGUUCAACGAACUCAAAGCUCGAACAACAGAGAAACAGUGGACAGUGGCACUCUCCGACAUAGCCGACUAGCCAAGAAUCGACCUCAAGGUUCAACGAACUCAAGAACAAAGGGGAAACAGUGGACAGUGGCACUCUCCCGAUCAGAAGAGAAUUCAAGAUCUCAAGGUGCAACGAACUUAAACAACAAAGGAGAAACAGUGGACAGUGGCACUCCAGCUCGUACAAAGGAGAAACAGUGGACAGUGGCACUCUCCGAUUGCAACGAACUUAAAGUUCGAACAAAGGAAAAACAGUGGAGAGUGGCACUCUACCACAUAGAGGAGAAAUAG